UUAUUCUUUUCAGGAUUUGCAAGUAAAGAAUAGCAAGCAGAAUGGCUUUUGUGAUGUUAUAAAUGAUAUUGUUGCAGGCGGUAUUUUACACACACUGCAGCCAAGGUUUUCAAGUUUUGAAUUGAAUUCAGCUAUUCUUUGCUUUUCUAUUCUAUUCUAUCUCCUCUCAGUUUUCCCUGAAAAUUAGGAGUAGUUAUUCUAUUUCCUAGGAGCUGCAAUCCUCAAUUUCAACCCAAAAAAGAGUUGAAAAUGGCAUCCGUGCUUGCAGAAGGUGUUGUUAAAAAAGUUUGUGAGAUGGCCAUCCAACAAGCGGCUAAUGAGGCUAAAAUACUCUGCAACUCCACAGAAGACCUUGAAUGGUUGCAGAGCAAAUUUAUGGAAAUCAAUUGUGUCCUGAGUGAAGCCGAUGAAGAGAGUAGUAGUCAAAAGGAGUCUGUAAAAAACUGGCUUCAUAGAGCUCGGGACAUUGCCUGGGAGGCAGAGGACAUACUCGAAGAAUUUGCUGUGGAUUCUCUGUAUGCCCGAAACCAAUUUUGCUGUUUGAGUUCAUGUAGUCAAUUGAUUCUUCGCCAUAAAAUGGGCACAAGAAUUCAAAAGGUCAAAGACCGGUUGAGCUCCGUUGUUGCAGAUGGAAACCAACUGAAUAUAGUUCGUGCUGCUGUGCCUCACGUAGAUGAAGCAGAAUCAUCAAGUAGAUCCCACGGGCAACAGUUUAAGAGAUGGAGUGUCCAAGAUUCGAAGCCAGUGGGGAUACAGUCCAAGAUUGAAAGCAUGGUGAGUUUGCUCGAAAACCCCGAAAUUCCAAUUAUUGCAGUGGUUGGGGUGGGGGGAAUCGGCAAAACCUAUCUUCUUCAGCAUGUUUACAAUAGUAGAAAAGAUAGGUAUGAGAAAUCUGCAUGCCUUUCAGUUUCUCAGUUCUAUUCUAUUUCCAAGUUGCAGCGUGAAUUGGCCUUUCAAUUAGAUAAAGAUUUAAGUAAGGAAAUGUUGUUCCUAUGUGAGGUGGAAGCAGCAGAUGCGAUUUAUCGCUUUGUGUUAGAGAAGAGGUGUCUUAUUGUGUUAGAUGAUGUGUGGAGGGCUACAAGAGGAGGUCAUUUGCUUGCUAAACUUGGCAUACCAACUGAAGAUGGUAGCCAAAGUAAAAUUUUGGUCAGCACAAGAAACAGAGAGGUCGUUGCAAAUCUCAAUGCUGAGAUCUAUGAGAUGGAACGUUUGACAGAUGAACAGAGUUGGCAGCUGUUUUGUGCUUACGGAUUUCCUAAGUUCGAGGAAAAUAGAGCGCCGGAGAACUUGGAGGAGGUUGCUCGUAAGAUUGUGAAGAAAUGUGGGGAGUUGCCACUUGCAAUCAAAAUCAUAGCAGCAUCUCUGGCGAGCAAUGCAUUGCUAAGUGAGUGGCAGUCCAAGUUGAGUAAGCUGGAAAAGGUAGGCAAUUCUAACGACCUUGUCAUGGAUAUUCUCAAGUUGAGUUACGACUCACUCCCUGCACAUUUAAAGACUUGUUUUGCUUAUCUUUCCUUCUUUCCGGAGGAUGAGGAAAUAGAGUGUGAAUAUCUCAUAUAUCUAUGGAAGGGAGAAGGAUUCAUUCCAACAGGACAGAACCCCUGGGAUUGUUUACAUCAGCUUGCUGAUCUCUGUCUGCUUGAAUUAUGGGAAGGAGGAUGGGAAAGAUGGGAGCUGGUGAAAUAUUGUAAAAUUCAUGAUUUAUUGCUUGAUCUGGCCAUACUCAUAUCCAGAGAAAAUAAAUGUGCAUUCCAUGUGGAGGAUGCCUUCUCAAAAUUACACUCUGUAAAUACAGGUGGUGGUCGCUGGUGUCGCCUAUUUUUGGCGAAGAAAGAUAUUGAUGAGGAUACCAUCUCAGAGAGACGCCCUGUUUUUCCCACACUUGUCCGCACACUGUCGCUCUCCUGUAAUUCCAAAAUUGGAAGAAGGAUUCCGGCAAUGUUGUUUUUCUUAAAUGGCCUAGUUAAAGGAAAGCUUUCGGCAAUGUUGUUUAGCGGUAUGAGAGUUCUGCGGGUUCUGGAUUUGAGCCAUACAAAUAUCACCACAUUGCCUGCAUCUGUUGGAGAGAUGAAACUUCUCAAAGUCUUGAAUUUAAGGAACACAAAGAUUAGGAAGAUGCCCCAGUGUGUGAGAAGCCUUAAGAGUCUCUCUUAUCUUGAUGUCUCUAGUUGCAGUCAAUUGCGGCAUAGGCAGGCACCGAAAUGGAUAAGUGAACUGAGGUGUCUUCAGCAUUUGGAAGGUCCGUUUACGAGACUGCCAAAGGGAAUGUCAAAGCUGGAGUCUUUGAGAACACUGCGAACAUGGACUUUGCACCUGUCCAAAAUUACUUGUAUGAAAUGUGGUGUGUUAAGGUUAGAGGAUGUUGGCAAGAUGAGGGAGAUUGAGGAAAUAGAGUUUUAUGUUGAGGAUGCAACACAGUUGAAGAAGAUUGAAGAAGGGAUCCUUGCGCCCUUGGGGAAGAUGCGUCGGCUGAAAGUAUACAAUAAAAUCCGUGGAAUGCGAGGUGAAUCAGGAUUGGAUCUUCCACAGUUUCCGGAGAGAAUGAAUGCAAUGAGAGAUCUGGAACAUCUGGAGCUAGACCAUUUUGCAGUGCCAACUUGGAUAUGUUGUUUGGCAAAUCUCAGGUACCUCUACUUAUACUAUUGUGAUUGCAGUAAUUACCCGGAAUUACAAACAAUGCAGAAUCUAGUGGUUUUGAGGUUGUGGGGGGACAAGAGGUGCAGAGAAUUGCCAAGGGCGUUUGGAAAGUCGGGAGGGUUUCCACAGCUACGCUUCUUGGAGAUAAGUGAGUUCCCUGAAUUGGAGGAGUUUCCAGAAAUGGAGGAUGGAGCAAUGGCAUACCUGGAGGAGUUGGAAUUGUGUAGUUGUGGGAAGCUGAAUAAAGUGGGAGAGGGAUUGGAGGGGUUGAAAAGACUCAAGAAGAUCUCUUUAUUCGACUCAGGGAUGUCUGAAUUGAGGGAAAUGCUGAAGGAAGGGGGAACAUAUUGGAAAAAAAUCAAAGACAAAAAUCCCCAUAUAACCAUUGAUGUGGAGGACGUGUUUGCAUGAGUGGGUGUUUUUUUGGGCAUAUAUUGAGAGACAUUUAAAAUCUAAAUAGCUAGUCAAUAUUUGAUUAUAGAUUUUCAAUUAAAAAUU